GCUCGUCUUUGCACUCAUUUAGCUAAGGCUGCUCAUAUCCAUCUCAAGUGAAUCUCACUCUACCUCCUUAGCAGAGCCAUCGAGGCUAUUUGACUGGUAUGGAUGGAAAGAAGCCCUAUAUGGUUCUGAUCUUCAUACAAUUAAUAUAUACCGGGCUUUACGUGAUCUGUAAGGCGGCACUUGAUAAUGGUUUGAGCUCAUACGUGUUCGUCUUCUACCGGCAAGCAGCUGCCUCCAUAUUGUUUGUGCCACUUGCUAUUAUAUUUGAAAGGAAAAGUGCUCCACCACUACCAUUUCCGGUAUUGCUCAAGGCGUUCAUGCAUGCAACGCUGGGGAUUACAUUGAGUUUGAACAUGUACAACAUCGGGCUGAUAUACACCUCGGCAACAGUGGGCUCGGCAACGACAUGCUCAAUCCCAGUGAACACCUUCUUCUUGGCCCUGCUACUCCGGAUGGAAACUAUGAACCUGAGAAGCCUCCCAGGAGGGGCCAAGGCCUUAGGCGUAGCACUUUGCUUGGCUGGAAUCACGACCAUCGCCUUCUACACAGGUCCCCAUCUAAAUCCCUUGAUCCAUUACCACCCUUUCGGCCACAAAACAAGCUCCACCAGCGAUGGGCCUGCCCAACAAAUGCAGAGCUGGAUCAAGGGAACCUUCAUCAUGAUCACUGCUAACGCAGCUUGGUCUUCUGGGAUUGUUCUCCAGGGAAUUUUAUUAAAUGACUACCCUUCAAAGCUUCUUCUUACGACUCUCCAAUGCCUUUUGAGCACAGUUCAGUCUUUCUUUGUUGCCAUGAUAUUUGAGAGAGACGUAUCGAGAUGGAAGAUAGGCUUAGAUACCGGGCUGCUUGCUAUCUUAUAUUGUGGAUUUGUUGUUAGUGGUGUUUCCUACUACCUGCAAACUUGGUGUAUCGAGAAGAAGGGCCCUGUUUUCCUAGCCAUGUCCACCCCAUUGGCCCUUGUUUUCACCAUAAUUUGUUCAUCAUUUUUUUUGGGCGAGCUGAUCCAUUUGGGAAGUGUCCUAGGUGGAGUUUUGAUGGUCGGAGGUCUCUAUAGCGUUCUGUGGGGAAAAGGCAAGGAGGAUGUGGUACGUGAGUCAAUAAAUGAAGAUGUAAAGAAUAGCGUCGAGGAGAGAGGAGCCGCAUCACCAUUUCAUCCAGUUUGAACAUAUUUUGUAUACCAAUACCAAGAACCCUAAAUCUAUAUACCUUCAGUCUAUUAUGAUUGGUAAGUUUAUAUUAUGUAAGCUUUUCUUAUUUUAAUAGAUUUGAAGAGACUCUUGUGGUGUUAAUUCAGCGAUAUAUUAAAAAAAAAGGUCUUAAUUAA